AUGCGUGUCCGUGCGGAUAGCCCCUGGCCGUCGUUGUACCUCCUCAUCAUCACCUCGUCGCUCCUGCGUCCCGCUGUGACGCGACCGGGGCCGGCGUCGCGAAGCGACGAGCAGCAGCAGCGGCGGCGGCGUGAGCCGUGUCGCCUACGCCAGGUGGCCGUGACCGUCAGCGAGCUGGGCCUGGGCUACGUCUCCCAGGAGGAGUUCCUCUUCGGCUACUGCGAGGGCUCGUGCCGCGAGCGACGCGACACCUACGACCUCGUGCUGGAGCAGCUCGUGCGCGCGGGCACCGUGGACGCGCCGGCUCACGCCUCGCCCUGCUGCCGCCCCUCCGCCUACGUGCCGCAGCCCUUCUUCACGGUCGACCACGUGGCGGGGUACGUGAUGCACGCCGAGGCCUGCGCUUGCGUCGGCGCCUCCUCCUCAUCCUCCUCGUCGUCCUCCUCCUCGUCCUCGUCGGCGGCGGCGGCGUCGGCGGCGUCGAAGCGGCCGCUCGUGAAGAAGUCGUCAUCGUCGAUGUGGUCGGAGGAGGACGACGACGAGGAGGAGGAGGAGGAGAGGCCCUGAGACGAGCCACUCGCCCGAGCUCGCUUUGUUAUCGUUGUCACCACGACGGCGGCGGCGAAGACGGUGAAGACGGCGAAGAUGACGACGGCGGUGGCGGCGGUGCUGGUGGUGAUCGAUAGCGGACGACUGCGAGACGUUCACGAAGACGGCAGCCCCUGCAGUUGUAUCCUCGUGUCCCUGCUGUCGGGUGGUGGGGGUGGGGGGUGGGCGGCGGUGUUUGUGGGCCGACUCUUCGGCGCCCGCGAGACGUCUCGCCAGGAAGCGCCGAGUUCGCACAACUUCACCCCGCGAGCCACCGGUCGGCUGAACCGUGGUGAACGCGUUCACGUUCACGCUGCUGCUGCUGCCACGAGGAGAAGAAGGAGGAGGACAGAGGAGGUGGUGGUGGUGGGCAGUGAAGAGGAGGAGGAGGGGAGGAGGAUUUAAAAAAAAUGAUCUCCAUCACUCCGCCGCUGAUGUUGGGGUCCGCUGGGUCCGUGCCGCGCUGAAAGCCAGUGGCACCACCGGUGGUCACUCACACUUUUGUUAUUUAUCCCGAUGACGACCUCGUGCGAAAUGUACAACUCUCAAGAGACUACAAGAAGAAGGAGAACGCUUUAACAUUAUAUAUUUAUAUCGUAACUAUUGUGACUUUGCGGCGCUUUCGAUGACGUCUUUACGCGAUUUCACGUCGGGUUUUCCGUUUUAAUCGACCAGAUUGGCAGCACGUUGAGAUCCCUCGUACUAAGCCACGACAAUUAGCGUACGCUCCGGAUUGUAACACGCAUUCUUGCCCACUCCCGUCACCCACCCCCCGACUGCAUGCUAACGCUUCAGAGCAUGGAGGGCGCGUCUUAUGAUGCGGAGAACGCGUCCCAAAGCUCGCACCACGAGACUGCGCGCUCACGAAUGAUCAUCGGUCAUCGUCACCGUCGUCAUUGUCAUUGUCGUCAUCGUCAUUGUCGUCAUCAUCA